AUGGCAGCAUCUUUCUCCUCUCGCAUGUCUUCAGGGGGAUCCAUGAUGGGCGGAUCUCGUUUCUCCAUGUCCGGAGGUAGCGUGGGAGGUGGUCGUAUCACCGCCAUGCGUGCAGGCAGCGUGUACGGAGGAGCAGGCGGCUCCGGGGUUCGCAUUUCCAGCGCCUCUCGCAGCUUCGCAGCAGGCGGAGGUGGCGGUGGCAGUUUUGGCAUGGGUGGCGGCGCAGCCAGCUUCCAACUGUCCGACGCCAUCGACCUGUCCACCAACGAGAAAGCCACGAUGCAGAACCUCAACGACCGUCUGGCCUCAUACCUGGAGAAGGUGCGCUCCCUGGAGAAAGCCAACGCCGAGCUGGAGCUGAAGAUCCGCCAGUUCCUGGAGAGCAAGACCUCCCCCACUGCUCGUGACUACACUGCAUUCCAGGCCACAAUCAGUGAUCUCCAAGCCAAGAUCCAGGACGCCACACGUGUUAACGGAGGAAUCUACCUCAGCAUCGACAACGCUAAGCUCGCUGCAGAUGACUUCAAACUCAAAUAUGAGAAUGAGCUGGCCAUGAGGCAGUCUGUGGAGGCUGACAUUGCUGGGCUGAGGAGAGUGCUGGAUGAGCUGACCAUGGCCAGGUCUGAUCUGGAGAUGCAGAUCGAGGGGCUAAGAGAGGAGCUGAUCUUCCUCAAGAAGAACCACGAGGAGGAGCUCUUGGCCAUGCGCGCUCAGAUGAGUGGACAGGUUCACGUGGAGGUUGACGCUGCACCACAGGAAGACCUCACCAAAGUCAUGGCAGAAAUCCGUGAGCACUACGAGACAGUUGCUGCCAAGAACCGCAGAGAUCUCGAGUCUUGGUUCCAAUCCAAGACCGAGGCCCUGAACAAAGAAGUCGCCGUCAGCACCGAAACCCUUCAGACAUCCAGAUCUGAAAUCACAGAAGUCAAACGCACGCUACAGAGUCUUGAAAUUGAACUCCAGUCACAACUCAGCAUGAAAGCAUCACUGGAAGGCACCUUGGCAGACACACAGGCCCGCUACGCCUCCAUGUUAUCUGGCUACCAGAUGCAGGUGUCCAGUUUGGAGGAGCAACUGGUGCAGCUUCGUGCCGAUCUGGAGCGCCAGAGUCACGAGUACCAGAUGCUUCUGGACAUCAAGACCAGACUGGAGAUGGAGAUUGCAGAGUACAGAAGGCUGCUGGAUGGAGAGGCCAGCAGCAGUAUCACAACUUCCUCUGCAAGCUCGACAUCGACCACACGCAAAGUGGUGACCAUCGUGGAAGAAGUGGUGGACGGUAAAGUGGUCAGUUCAACCUCCCAGGCAGUGAGCGAGACCAUCUAAGGAACAUCGAGAACUCAACACAGCGCACUGAACACAAGCCCUCUGAAGCACUUCAGGCACAGCUCAGAGAGACAAAACA